AUGGCGCUGGAGCGGGCGCUGCUGGCGGCGCGGCAGGGCGACGUGGAGGCGCUGCGGGGGCUGCGGGCGGCUGGGCUGCUCCGUCCGGGGCUGCGGGACGCCCUGGGCGCCUCCCCCGCACACCACGCCGCCCGCGCCGGCCGCCUCGCCUGCCUCCGGUACCUGGCGGCCGAGGCCGCGCUCCGCGGGGACGCGCGGGCGCGCAACGGGGCCACGCCGGCCCACGACGCUGCCGCCACCGGCAACCUCGCCUGUCUCCAGUGGCUGCUCACGCAGGGGGGCUGCGGUGUGCAGGACACAGACAACUCCGGUGCCACCAUCUUACACCUUGCAGCCCGCUUCGGUCACCACGAGGUGAUUGACUGGCUCCUCCGCUUCGGGGGCAGCGACCCCACGGCAGCCACUGACACAGGAGCGCUGCCUGUCCACUACGCCGCGGCCAAAGGGGAUUUCCCUUCCCUGCGACUCCUCUUGGGACACUGCCCCAGCACGCUGAGUGCCCAGACCAAGACGGGGGCCACCCCGCUGUACCUUGCCUGCCAGGAGGGCCACCUGGAGAUCAUCCAGUACCUGGUGCAGGACUGCGGGGCUGACCCCCACGCGCGCGCCCAUGACGGCAUGACCCCGCUGCACGCCGCCGCCCAGAUGGGCCACAACACUGUCAUCGUCUGGCUGAUGAGCUUCACGACGGUGAGUCUGUCGGAGCGGGAUGCUGAGGGGGCCACGGCCAUGCACUUCGCUGCCAGCCGUGGCCAUGCCAAGGUGCUGAGCUGGCUGCUGCUUCACGGUGGGGAGAUCACCACCGACAGCUGGGGCGGCACGCCACUGCACGACGCUGCCGAGAAUGGCGAGCUGGAGUGCUGCCAGAUCCUGGUGGUGAACGGUGCUGACCUCAGCGUCCGUGACCAGGACGGUUACACGGCGGCCGACCUCGCUGACUACAACGGCCACAGCCACUGCGCGCAGUACCUGCGCACCGUGGAGAACAUGAGUGUGGAGCACCGCGUGCUGUCACGAGACCCCUCGGCAGACGGGGAGUGCCGGCAGCCCGACUCGGGCAUGUCAUCACCCAACACCACAGCGUCGGCGCCCCAGGCGCGCUUCGAGGUGGGCUCCCCUGCCAGCACCCUCUCCAACUACGACUCCUGCCACUCCAGCCAGUCCAGCACCGGGGAGAAGAGGGGUGGCCCCCCAGGGGCCCCCACCGCCCGGGUGCCGGAGCCAGCGCUGACGGACAUGCAGGCGUACAUGGACAUGCUGGACCCUGAGACGCGGCCGCGGGGCCGGGGGCCGGCAGUCGAGGGCCCACCACCACCACCACCCCCUGCCUUCCCCCCACCGCCGCCCCCGCCUCCCACCGCCCGGCCGCCCCCACCACCCCCUGGCUACCCUGCGCCUGCACCCCCUGCUGCCCCCCACACCGCCGACAUCUAUGUGCGGGCCAAGAACAACCUGCGGCAUGUGGAGAGCCAGGCGCUGCACCGAGAGCUGGCGUCGCGCGAGAGCAGCCCCGAGGGCCUGCACCGGGCUGACUCCACCAGGCGGUCGAGGAAUUUCAGCAAGCAGCCGAGCACCGGCGACUACUACAAGCACCUGGGGCACGGCACGGCUGAGCAGCCCGGCCCGCGGCGAAUGGCGCACAGCGAGGAGGCAUCGCCCAUCUCGGCGGACGCGAUGCGCAAUGGGGAGAGCAAGCCCGACAACGAGCUGCCGCCACCCCCGCCACCCCCGCCACUGCCCGAUGCUGCCUGCCCGCCACCCCCGCCGCCGCCCCCGCCGGCCGAGACCCCCGCCGCCCCCCGUCGCUCUUCCUCCUCCACGGGAAGAGGAAAGGCGCUCAGGCAGAUGAAGAGCACCAAGUCCUUCAACAUGAUGUCCCCCACCGGUGACAACUCGGAGCUGCUGGCCGAGAUCAAGGCUGGGAAGAGCCUCAAGCCAACGCCGCAGAGCAAAGGCUUCACUACUGUCUUCUCCGGCAGCGGCCAGGCAGGGGCCAACGCAGAGUCUCCGGUAUCCUCCCCAUCACCCACCAGGACGCCCACCCCACCAGCCACCCCUGAGGCAACCGGGCCGCCACGCUGCCUGCCAGGGGGCUCGCCAGAGCCGGUGCUGAAUGGGAGCUCACCAGUGCCAGCAGUGGGUGCUGGGGCAGCGGUGGAGGUGGAGGCGCUGGUGCCGAGCCACGACGAGCAGGGCCGGCCCAUCCCUGAGUGGAAGCGGCAGGUGAUGGUGCGCAAGCUGCAGCUCCGCAUGCAGGAGGAAGAGGAGCAGCGGCGCAAGGUAGGAGGGUCCCGCCCCGGGAGCCGCUCGCCACCCCCGUGCCGGCACGGGCCACCUGCCCGCAGAGGCACGCUGGGACCCACUGGGCAGCCAAUGCAGGAGGAGGACGUGCAGCACCUGGAGAGGCAGCUGGGGAGCCUGCGGGUGAUGCACAAGGUGCAGCCAGUGCAGCCGCUGCCAGAGCGGCUGAAGGAGGAGCUGCUGCCACUCCUGCCGCUGCCUGCCGCCCCUGUGCCCCAGCACUCUGCCCUCGCCUGCAAGGACCCACCCGCGCACGGCAGGCAGCCAGCCGCACUGCCCAGGAGCGUGACCGCACCACCGGCCGCCCUGAGGGGCCAGGAGGGCCCCAGGUCGAGGGGAGCAGUGGGAAGCCCCAGUGCCCAGCAUGAUGCCCAGCGUGAGAUCCUGGGCUGCGGCGUCUGCGUCCGCAGCCUCAAGGCCAACUACGAGGGGCCAGUGGGGGCCCCCACACCCCUCCCCAGGGUCACCAAGCGCAAGCGGGCUCAGUCCCCCAGCAGCACCCGCCAGCCAGUCCUGGAGGAGGAGUACAGGGAUGGGGCACUGCGGAGCAGCCAGCCGGCACCGCUGGAGCUGAGCAGCCCACGGGAGAGCACCAAGGCAUGCAAGGAACGCACCGUCUCCCUCUUCUUGGAGCACUGGAAGAAGCGGGCACUGGCGGCAGUGCCGGGCGAGGAGCGGCCGCGGUGGCCAGGAAGGCGGCGGCCAGCGGUGGGGCGGCUGCUGGCCCGCUGGAGGAGCGUUGCCCACCGGGUGCCGGGGCGGCAGAUCCGGCGGCUGAGCCGCGCUGCAGUGCUGUACUGGCCCCAGCACUUCCUGCCCCGCGUCAGCGGCUCACCCAUGCCCCACGACAGCCUCCCGCUUGACCUCUUCAUGCUGGGCUACUUCCAGCUGCUGGAGAUGCCGCUCAGCCCUGAGGAGCGGCGCUUCCGCCACCUCCUUUGCUAUGAGAUGUUUGACCGCUUGGGCAGCCACAGUUGGCAUCACGUCCGCCACUUCCACCGCGUCGUGCUGGAGCGGGUUGAGGCCGGCCACUACUCCUGGCUCGAUGGCUUUGAGGAUCUUGUGCAGGAAUUUUUUGGAGAUGGCCCCGCCAUGGUGGCGGAGAGCCUGCCAGAACCCCCUACUGUGGCCCCGGGAGUGGAGCAGGCGGCAGUGCCGGUGCCGGUGCCAGAGCUGGGAGAGUUCAGCGAGGAGGACGUCUGCCGCUUCAUUGACCGCAGCUUCUCCUUCUGGAAGGAGAAGGAGGCGGAGAUGUCCGACACCUGAGUGUGGCGGGAUGCUGCAGGCUGUGCCAGUGGUGUGG